GUCAGUAUCCGGGCUGUUAGUGGUAGCCAUGCCACCUAACUAGGAAGCUAUAAAAACAAACAUUUAUUUUCGAAGGUAGCGUGAGAAAGACGAGACCCAGACUACGGCGGUGGAUGUCACUGUGAGGUGACAUCAUGCUCCUGGAGCUCACAGCAGCUGAAGAUCGACAAGUUUGACCGAGAAGCCACAGUCAGUGCUGCCGUCAUGGGAACGACGAUGAGCGAGCCGUGUAUCUACGACAAACUGUCCGAGAGCAUUGACAUCCUCCGCCAAUCAGGCUACCGCUAUGGCAUGUCGGAGAGGGAGAUCGAGAGGUUCAUCAAGCAGGUUCUGGAGACCAACGAGCCCAGGAGAGAACCUCCCCAGUUCCCCAUCCUGAGAGCCACCAUAAAGUUUGUGGUGGCAGUGGGCUUCCUGCUGGUGGUGGUGCUGGCUUUCACCUACCCUCAGAGUGCCACCCAGCUGGGUCUGGUCAACCUGGGCUGCUACAACUGGUCGUCCCCGCUCAGCCACGUCCGCCUGCUGUCCCUGCCCAUCGCUAAGAAGUACAACCUGCAAGGUUUCCACGAAUGGUGGAGUGCCGGCUCUCUCAGGCAAAAUCUGGUCAACUGCUCGGGCUGUGCAGAGAUCUCCUCGGUGCUUGAAGUCCCAGAGAGCCUCAGAGGGACGGUGACUCUGAGACGGGGGCCGCAGCUGGUCUUGCUGAAGGGUGGGGAGUCUCUCAGCGUCCAGCGGCAGCAGCUUGAGGAGCUCUACUUGGCCCAUUCAGGCUCCAUGUCCAUCCUGCUGGAGGAAGACGACGGUCUGCAGAACCACAACCUCGGACUCCCCCAAGGACCCGCCAACUUCACACUGCUCUGGAGGUUCAGCUCUGGGACCAGGGAGAAGGUGCUGAGGUGGCUCUUCCCAAAGGCUGAGCUCUGCCCGCUGCUGGACAGUGCUGGGACCAUCGUGCAGCGCUGCCUCGUCACCCACAGCACAAACUCCCAGAGUAAGGGUGUCGGGGUGUUUGGCUGGUUGGUGGUGGGCGAGGGUUUACCGACCGUCCGAGUUCUGCCUGUUCAGCGCUGUCAGAAACACUGCAGCUCCUUCAACCUGUGGCUGACACCUGGAGACAUGGUGUACGCCGACCCUCGGUACUGGCAGAUGGAGCUGUUCCCCGGUCAAGGCCAGAACAUCAUCUGUGACGGAUCGGCCUUUUAAACCUUCAGGUGUAGUGAAGUGAAGGAGGACAAAGUUCAGGACGUGCAGAUCGGCUGUGAAUGUCCAAUUUGCGGAGCUCGUCAGCCUUUCUGUGGCCCCGCCACACUGAUGCCUUAUAACCCUCCGGCCUUUUUUCUGAUGCCUCCCUCCGUCCAGUAAUCGUCAGAGAAGUGGAAACCGCUGCACACGUGACUUCAGUUUGGAAUAAAGGGAUCCUCCUGCAGGUUUUAAAGGUGGAGGUCAGAGGAUGGAGAAGUGACUUUGUGACUUUGUCCUUGUGUAAAACAGCGGAGUCUUUAAGCAGCUCUCAGAUGUUCUGGAUGUGCUGUGCUCGUGCCAUAGCUUCAAGCAGAUCUAUAGCAAUUAAAAGAACAAAUAAAUUCACGAAGUCACUGGGUGUCUCUCUCUGUCAGAAGGUAGUGAAACACUGUCGAGUACGUCGGCGUCACACUGGUUCCAGACGUGUGAAUCACGGCCCACAUCUCUGGUGUUGUGCUCAUUUUCAGCAGGGACACCGUCUCUUUUUUGGACCAGAGUCAGUAAAAUGUCUUCUAGCUGGGUAAAAUGUUUGCAGCUGUACAUGUUGACGCAAGUAGAAUAACAAGUCUUCGUCAAGCCGCAUGUCAAACUUUAAGUUAACCUUCCUCCUUCUUCCCGACUGAAGACAAACAACUUUCAGUGUGAUCAUCAGGGAACCUGCAGCUGUUAUAAUUACUGUACACUCACAUGGUGCAUAAUCUACUCGCAUUUAAUCAAUCUUAUAACCAAACUAAGUUUAGGAUCACAGGGAGCUCCAGUCAGUGAGCACUCACUUCUUUUUGCAGUGCAUUCUGGGAACUCUUUAGGAAUUUAAUGGUGUCUGGACUUGCUGGAUGUUCACUACCUCCUGUAUUUCUGAGACACACCUGCAGCUUCAACUCUUCUGCUCUUUAUCUGGUUCUUUUCUCGAUGUUAAAGGGUCAGUUCAUCCAACUUACAAAAACAACAAUCUUCUGUGCGGUGGUAAUUAGAACACACUGUCAGCUAGGGCUGUCGAAUCAGAUUUGCUUGUUUAAUACAAAUAUUUGAGAAUUCUUUUUUUUGUUUUUUACAUAAAGUUCUAAAGUUGAGUAAACGUACUCAGUAGGACACUCAGAGUGACAGCGGCAUUCAUCAUAAUAUAGUAAACAAGCUCGCUGCACUAACAACGGAUCGGAAAUGUGCAUUCAUUUUUGGCGACACUCAGUACCAAUCAAAGACCAUAGACUGUGUCGUAGUUGGUUGGGUAGGGCUGCUACAUCAUGUCCGCAUCUCUCUGUAUCAAAGAGUAGUAUGAAAGCCAAAAAACAAGAACGACAGCUUGACUUGAAGCCGUCUCCGUCGACCGCGGGGUCUCCGAUUGAUGAUUCGAAUCUCCAACUUUCAGGGGACAGCCCUACUGUUAACAGUUCACACUGGAACUUAAUUGGAAGUUUUCUGUGACUGUACUAAUACUGUUAGUAUUUAGGCCUGUACCAAACUUAAACUUUUUUCAGCAUGUAAAAUAAAAUAAUAUAUAAAAAUAUAAAUCACACAUUUAACUCAUUGAGAUUUUACAUUAGCCUUACUGUUGACACUGCUACCCAAUAAUUUACAAAAACAAUUGUUACAUUCAAAAGUAGCUUUAUGUGUAUUUAUUUUAACGGUGACAUUUUAAAUACUGCUCACUCUGUGCCAGCUUUUAAAUAUACAAGCAUCAGCUGAGAAUUUCGAUUUGGCAUCAAUAUAAGGAACUACAGCUGAGUAUAUUUAACAGCUAAGUUGAAGGUCGGAGACAGACCCUUUAAAUGAAUAUUUCGCAGUUUGGUGAGACAUUAAUAAUCUAAGUUAAAGUUAAACUCAGCAGGAAUAUAUAUUGCAAAAAUGGAAUAUAAUAUUUGUAACUAUUUUCGAUAGUUUAUAAUCACCUGAAACUAGAGGAAGAAUUCUGUUCUCAUACCUUAGAAUGAGCAAUGAGAAUCAAACGCUGGCUCUAGAGAGGGACAUUUGCAUUUUAGGGUUCGUCACCGUAGUUCUACACACUUGGCACAUAGGAACUUCAGUUAGUUGCAAUCUACAGCCUCACCACUAGAUGUCACUAAAUCAGACACACCAGACCUUUUAAAAACUGCAGUCUUUUAAUUGUGAUUUGAUUUUAAAGCCAUUCAAAUCUGGAACACAUCCUCACUAGGUUAAGAAUCUGGCAAUGCGAUAUGAAUUACGAUACAGGGGUUACAAUAUUGUGAUUUCUGAACAAUUACAAUUAUAAUUUCUUAACAAAUAUAAUCAUAUGCUUAAAAAACAAGCACUUUUUUUUAAUAUAGUCUGAACAGUGGGAUCUGUAUUUGUAUUUAUCACAGUCCCUGUACCAUUCAGCAUAAUAGCACUAAUGUUUGUGCCGCCCUGAGUAACGUAUUGAACAUUUGCCGCUAUCAAAAGACAAAAUUAAAAGUAAAGCGCUUCAGAUUCUUAAUGUAAACAAAUUAAGAGAAUUAAAAUUUGUAAACAAUAAAAAAAUUGGCAGCGUUUUUGAGAAUCUGUACAUUAUCACAAAACAUAAUAUCAGGAUACUCAAGUGUAUCAAUAUUUUCUUGCGGACACUGUUUCUGAAUAACAUGUUGCUCUUUCUUAAUUUAACAUUUGAGUUUCUUCAGUUCUAAAGUUGUGUUACUUUGCUCGCACGGCAUUGAUGUGGAAGCAGAAAUCCUAGACAAAUAUCUCAAAACCAUAUGUGUAUCUGACUGGAGAGACGAUACUAGAAAGACUGUUUUUGUAAUUUGGGUGAAGUGACCCUUUAACAACCAGUUAAACCUCUAACCUACAAAAAGACUUUAGUUAUAUAUUCAUUCUUCAUGUCGCUUAUCUGGAUCAGACGAAGCUGCUUCUUUAAUUUCAGAGUUGUUAUUUAUUGUUAUGAUUGUAUGUAUAUAAGUUCAAGCCAUUAAUAUUUUAAUGUGUUGUAAUUUUAUUAGACUUUGAUCAUUUGUGAUUAUCGGUGCCGAGAGCGGACAGUUCACAUCAAAUCAUCUUCAACAGAUUCUGUGAUUUUUAUUUCUUUAAAGCAUCCCAAAAUCCACAGAGCAGUGGACGAUAUGUUUUGUGCAUAAACAGGGUUUUGAUGGGUCGUUUAGAAAGUUGGAAUUAGUUUGAACCAGUUUGCCAAAGUUAAUGUCAGAUCUGAGUUUCAAUGUUUGAAACUCCUCCAUUUUGUUUGAGCCUCUCAAAAAUUCAUAAUUUCCACACAUCACCAGUUGGGGGCGCUUGAGAACAAUUUGGAAGUGAAAGUUUUGAAAUGUUCGCUUUGCAUAGAAAUGUCAGUUUUAUGGGAAAAUUAAAACUUGUCAUGUAUUUGCUUCCA